AUGCCGACAGCACCACCAAUUGCGCCUUCGUAUCCAAUCGCGGCUUGCCCAAUCGCUAUGCCAUUCCAGGAUUUCUAUAACAACGAGCGGAUCUCCGCCGUCAACGAGAACACCGUGAUCUAUGAUACGGUGCCCGAGCAAUUUGCCAGUUUCGACUAUCGUCCUCCACAACACAUCGCCGACGACGACCAAUCGACCCGCCCAGGUGACACUGAAAAUGGUGGGUAUGGCCCCCGCUAUUCCAUGCAAAGCAUAUGGUCGGUCGCGCCACCCAUGGCCAUAUUGGAGGCGAGUUUACAAUCGGGGAAUCCUCGUUCAAUAACCGACCAAAUCAUUCACUGCCAUCCACCCCCAAUGCAAAAUGUCGGGAUAAACCAGUCCGGGAUGUCCUACAAUGCACGCAUCCUCACACACAGCACGCAAUCCGGACAAGUGGGAAACACAUGGGAAGCGCCAGACAUACCUACAAUGGCUGGAAUGUCUUCGGAACUAGAUCCAUUUCCUCACAUAGAUCUACACAUACUGGACCUAGUCGCAAUGGGGUCCGGACAUGGAAAUCUCGAGGAAACAUAUUCGCGCUACACACCUACAGGUGUGUCAAGCGCACCGACUCCUGGCCUACAGGCUGUAGGGCAGGAACUCGUGAACACUCAACACAUCAACGGCGCCAGCGGAAGCAACAUCGCCACAGAGGCGCCCCAGGAUGGCGCACUUCUCACCGCCGUGACCUCCGACGCUCCAGCCUACAAGUUCAGGCGGCCACGAUCAUCUACAAAAGCUGACAGCAAGACGACAUCGCGGCGCUCACGCGCACCAGCAGUGAUAGCCACCACUCCAGACGACACAGCCGAAGGGCCAAUCCGGUGCAAAAUCUGUAAGAAGAAGUUUUCACACAAACAGAACCUCAACAGGCAUGUGCGGAUCGCGCACCUGGGCGGGUGCAAAUGGGACUGCAUUAUAUGUGGCACCAAAAUAUCGAGACAUGACGCAUUGAGGCGUCAUCUCGACAACAUCCACAAGCUGUCGAAAUUAGAGGCGAAGCACAUCGUCAGGUUUCUUGGAGAGAAGAUCGGGAUCCGUAAUAGAGCCCGCGGCAAGGGCAAGUCGGUUGCUCCACUGGUCAUUCAACUCCGUCGUCAGGCAGCCUAUGGGGAGUUGAUGAUCGAGAGACCGCUGGUGAGGAGGAAGGAGGCCGAGGAUGAGCCAUUGUACCCGUUCCUCGCACUGCGCAGGGCUGCGAAGGCGGCGGCGGCGGCCAGUGAGGUAGACGUUGUCCCUCCGCGGACACCUGCGGGGACACGGAGGUUGGAGCCCGAGGUCGUCCGGACACUUUCGAAUAUGAAUGGGCGGCACAAGGCACUGCGGAGGAAGACGCGACACGAAUCCGGCAACCAUGAGGAACACCAGUACGAUGAACAAGCCUGGCGGGAGUACGCCUGCAGUGAGCAUGAGUCGGAACACAUGGGUGAACGAGAGGGAACGGCAUCGACGGUACUCGUGCAAGGAUGCAGUGUCAAGGCCAAGGUCUCCGCGUCUAGACCUAGUCGCAGUCGGCGAGGGUGGCGGAAGCUGCUCGGCCUUGUGGAGGGCGAUAUCAAGCGAGCCCCGAAGAGCUCUGUGACCAAGUUGAAGGGUGCUCGCGUUAAGCCCAAGUCUACGUUCAAGGCCAUCCGAUCCGUAGCGGGAGCAGAAGUCAAGCCCCAUCCGCUUGAGAAGCGCGUCGCAUCAGUGUGUACAUCACCGGAGCACUCCACUACCGCUUCCGUCGUCGAGGCCGAGUCUGUGCAAGUAGCGAUGCCCGUGGAAGGAGAGCCGCGCGAAUGGGGCCUGCGGAUGGAGGACUUUGCCUUUGACUUUGGCUCGUGUCCAGGAAUGCCGGCUGAAGUCCUCGCAGCACUGACCGAGCCGGUACGCGUCGUCGCGGUGGCAGAGGCACAAGAGAUGCCUGCGCCGGAACGCAAGAUUGCAGAGGUUACGGCCAUGACCGUCGACGCGGAGAUACUCUCACCCGAGCCAACUCGCGACACGUACAGUGCUUUCGUCGUGGAUAUGGAUACUGCCCACGCUGAAGCCUCGUCUAGCACAGAGGAAGAGAUGGAGGACGUGUGCGCCGCUGACGACGUACUGGUCGAGAUGGCGUCUCCUGUCGUAUGCUCUGCAGAUCCAGUUCCUGUUGACGAGGACAGCGAUGUGCUGCAUGCCGAAGAACAGGCUGUGGAGAUGGAAAUGGACGGUCUUGACAGCGUAGUAGCUCCGCAGGCACUGCUUGCUCAGACUGAGAUGAUCGUCGCCUACCCCCCUACCAACGCAGGGCUCACUGGGGCUCCGGUCGAGUUGAUCUCCGCAGCGAUUGAUAUUGCGCAGCCCGAAGAGGACAUUGAGAUGGGGCAUCAGGAGCAGCCUUUGACGGUGGAGGAAGACAUUGACAUGGAUGUCCAGCUGGUGUGUGUGAAUGCAGUCCUCGGUGUGGUCGCAGCAGCACUGAUCGCCGGAAGACCUGGAGGCGACAACAUCGAGCAAGACAUCGAUGCAGCGCUAGACCCCUUUGGGUCUGUGCAGAAGUACACUGUCGCUUACCUCGACCAGGAGGACGCAUACGUGGGGGACAUCACGCUCGGUGGUGGCGCACUCAACGAGGACCACAACACGACGUAUGAUCAGGAUUGGGACGCGACGUUUGUGGAGGACGUUAUUGCAUCUUCGUCGCCGAACAAGGAGAAGCAGAAUGGGCUUCCGGCGAUGCCACUCCCCGAGCUCGCGGUCUCUGGGUCAGAUAUUGGCGAGCAGGUUGUCGUCGCUGGACUGGAGCACGUCUCCAUCGCACCCACCUCGUCCGCGCCUGUUAUCAGCCUGCAGACACUGUUGGACGCCAUUGCUCCUCACCCCGCGCUACCCGACCAUCUCCUCGAGGACCCGGUUCCGACUGCUGGGCCGAUGUUCGACAUGCAUUCGCUUUACUCGACACUCCCCACGAAUGCCACUGAAGGCGCGCAGAAAACGACGAACGCAGGUUCAUUCGCUAGGGCGACAAGAAGCGGCAAGGUCUAUGGCGGUGGCAUCAGCAAGGCCAAGAAGACUUUUGCCCAGUCGGCGCGCAAAUCCACGUCCAGUUUGUCGACUGGGCUUCUGGACAACGAUGCGUUCCGGGCAGUGCGCAAUAAGAGUGCGGCAAAGCAGAAGGCGCGCAAGGACACGCGCAAGCGGUACAAGAAGAUAUCGUGGAAGCUUGCACUCCAGGACGUGGAGAGUGCGGAACCUAAAGGAAGAUGUGGACGAUUCCUGCUAUCAGCUGUGUACGGGUUGAUAUCGAAUCCAAAGACCGGAAGGCGCGAGAAGAUGACGCCAAUCACCACGAUCAAGGAGAGCACUGACGACGACGACGACCUUGACGUGCUUUGUCGCAUGUCUGCGAGUCUGUCGCUAGCGACGUCGUCCCAUGGGCGUACCGGUACUCAAGAGGCGACGGAUUCUGCUAAUGACCUGCUGGGCGCAUUUGCCUCUCUUGGGCUCUCGACGGACGCUCCCGCGGCAUCGUCAACAGGCGGCUCUGCCCUAGACGAUCUGUGCGACCUCUUCAAUGCUCUGGUCUGA